AUGAAUUUAUUAUUAUUGAUUUGUAUUAUUCCUUUUUAUGUUAUUUGCCAUGAUGUAGAAAUUGUAAACGUUGACUUUGGUCUUAUGAAAGGAAAAAAAUUUGUAAUUGAUAAUAAAAAUGUAACAGCAUUUUAUGGUGUUCCCUAUUCAAGAUUAGUUAUUGGACGUCGUAAAUUCUUUCCCCCAAUAUAUUUGUUUGACAAAUAUUGGGAUGAAGAAGUAUAUGAUGCUACAUUUAGAAGAAAUGGUUGUUAUCAAGAUUCAAGACCACUUCCUUUUCCUUAUUUUGAAUGGCUUUAUCCACAUAGUAUGGCAGAACAUUGCCUUCAUUUAAAUAUUUGGAAACCUCCUUCACCAAAUGGUGGUGUAUUAGUAUUUAUUUUUUCACAUGAUUUAUUACGUGGAUCAGCUUACAUUGGUAUACAUAAUGGAGCUUACCUAGCUGUCAAAACAGGUCUUAUUGUUGUAAACAUAAAUUUUAGACUAGGUUUUCAUGGUUUUAGUUAUUUAGGUGAAAAUGGAAAAUAUAUAAAAGGAAAUAUGGGAUUACUUGAUCAACAAUAUGCUUUGAAAUGGAUAUAUGAAAAUAUUGAGAAGUUUGGUGGUAAUAAAAAUACAAUUACCCUUUUCGGACAUGGCAUGGGUGGUGCAUUAGCUAGUGCACAUUUAUAUUCAGAAGAAAGUUCUAGAUAUUUUAGUAAUAUGUAUAUAUCAUCGGGAAGUAUUAGAAAUGUAUGGGCAUUCCAGUCAAGAAGUGUUGUAGAGGAAACUACUAAAAAGGUAGCAUAUCGUGUAAAUUGUACUGGAGAUGAUGAACAACUUUUUGAAUGUUUAAAAAAAGCUUCUCCAUAUAAAAUAGAAACUGCGACAACAGAAGUUUUGAAAAGUGGUAAUUUACCCUUUAAAUAUGGUAUAAAUAUUAUUGAAACUGAUGAAUUAUUCUUUAAUGGAAGUCUUAUAGAAAAAAUAAGAAAAAAUCAAAUGAAACAAAGAUUUAAUCUAAUUAUUGGGAAAUCAAUGAAUGAAGGUAGUUUCCACUUAUCAUCUUUUAUUGAUGGCUUUGAAUUUGGAUGUGGAAAUGUAAACAGUAAUUCAAAAUUAGAUGAUAAUACAUGCAAAAUGAGUAAACAUCAAUUUGAAAUAUUUCUUCGAUCAAUUAACAAACACUUAAAAUUAGAACAGUAUCAAUUAGAAGUGAUUACUAAACGAUUUGUAUCAACUUCAAAAAAAAAUGUUGAUUAUAGAAGCGCAGCAACAAAAAUUAUUUCAGAUUUAUUUUUUAAUUAUGAAUUAGAAAAAUUUGCAUUAGAUAUGUCUACUAAUGAUAUUGCUAAAAAAGUCUACUUUUAUGAGUUUUCAAGAAUUUCAACAGCUGAUAGAAAAUCAUGGCCAGAAUGGAUGUUGCCUCUAUAUGGAUCCGAAUUACAAUACAUAUUUGGACUUCCAUUUAGACUUCCAAGCAUAUAUUCAAAACGAUUUAUUAAAAUUGAACAAAGUGUAUCACUUAGAAUGAUGGCAAUGGUAAAUAAUUUUGUUUUAAAGGGAACUCCAGGAAAACAAUUCACUGAAUUUACAUCAAAAGAACAAAAAGUCUAUAUUGUAGGUGAUAAUGAUUUCUGUAGGGAUAAGCCUAGAAAAAUAUCAAAUGUUUUCCCAUCAUCAUUACGUUGUAUAUAUGACUAUUUACCAAAAAAUAUAACAAUCUAA